AUGACUAAUGAUGAAAAUUUCAUUUUCAGGUUGCUGAAGGAAGUUAUUCAAGAAGUAGGAGAGGCGAAUGUGGUUCAAGUAAUCACAGAUAAUGCUGCAAAUUAUGAUGUUGCUGCAAUAAAGCAUUUCAUUAUGAAUCAUUCUAUGAGAUUGGCCAUCUUUAAUGAGUUUGUGAGUUUGAAGUUGCUUUCUAUUGCUGAUACUCGUUUUUCUUCAAUGAUUGUGAUGCUGAAGAGGUUCAAGUUAACAAAGAGCGGUCUCCAAAAUAUGGUGAUAAGUGAAAAAUGGAAUAUUUAUAGAGAUGAUAAACUUGGGAGGGCCAGACUUGUGAAGGAAAAAUUAUUGGAUGAUUGUUUUUGGAAUUCAGUUGAUUACAUACUUUCUUUCACUGCACCUAUUUAUGAUAUGAUCAGAGCUUGUGACACUGAUAGAGCUUGCCUUCACUUGAUAUAUGAUAUGUGGGAUUCAAUGAUUGUGAAAGUGAAGAAAGCUAUAUACCAUAAAGAGGGGAAGAGGAUGAAAGAUAGCUCCUCUUUUUAUGAUGUGGUGCAUCGCAUUCUUGUGGAUCGUUGGACAAAAAAUUCAACUCCACUACACUGUUUGGCACAUGCUUUGAAUCCCAAAUACUAUAGUCAACAAUGGCUUCAAGAAGAUUCUAGUCAAGUUCCUCCACACAUGGAUUUAAAGCUUACUCAAGAGCGACAAAAAUGUUUAAGGAGAUUCUUUCCUGGCAUGGAGGACCGAAGCCAGAUUAGUUUGGAGUAUGCAUAUUUUAUUAGCAACAGUGGAACCUUUGGCGAUUUUGAUGCCAUCAAUACUCAAUACACUAUGGAUCCAAAAUCUUGGAGGCUACUUUAUGGUACUUUUACACUGAUGCUUCAAAAAAUAGCAUUGAGACUUGUGCAACAACCCUCAUCUUCAUCAUGUGCUGAACGCAAUUGGAGUACUUAUUCUUUUCUGCAUUCCAUCAAGAGGAAUAAAAUCACUCCAAAACGUGCUGAAGACUUGGUUUAUAUGCAUAGCAAUCUUCGACUCUUAUCAAGAAAGACUCCUAGUUAUGCACAAGGAGAAAAUCAAAUGCGAGAUGUUGCUGGAGAUACAUUCAAUUCACUUGAUGAUGUUGGAGAUCUUCAAUUGCUAGUCUUUCCCUUGAUGAGCCAGAGAUAG